AUGACCGAUUUCUCCAUCAACAGCUGGGUCCAGCCAACUGGAGCCUUCUCACCUGUCGACCCUGCCUUUCAAUGGGACUUCACCGGCAUGCAAUCACCAAAAGCCGUGGUCAACCACUACAAUGAUCUUUUACAACGAGCAGCCGAUUUUUAUGCCACCCUCGACACUUCUUACGACAGCAUGUCCGCGUCGGGUUCAGACACUUCCUACCGUUCAACGCCUGAACGUCGUGUAUCAUCUGCCACCAGCAUCCUUGCGCAAGUGAAGGGCUCAAUUCCCGACAAGCUCGAGAGAAGGCGAGAGCAAAACAGAUCUUCUCAGCGUGCUUACCGUGAGCGCAAAGAACGCCAUCAAAAGGAGCUCGAGGAGCAAAUCACUCAAUGGCAACAAAAGCACCAGACCUUGUCGCGCUCUUACUCUCAGCAAUCGGAGGAAAUCACUCGUCUCAAAGCACAGAUCGAACAACUCAACUGUGAGAUUUCCAAUCUUCAAGUUGAUAUACCAACUCUUUGCGGCUCCCUUUGUCAUUCACCUCAGGAGUUCGACCUAGUACCCUUCUUCAGCACAGAGGCCCUGAGCCCUAUGACGACCCCUCGGCCAUCAAAUGCUGUGCCCUCGAGAAGAGGAUCAUGA